UGCACAGUGGAGGUAGAGAAGAAGUGACUCUGUGACACGAUUGCAAAUGUUGACGAUUUUGACCAACCAUGGAAAUAGUUUUGUACAUAGUUGCAGCAGUCAUUCUUAUUGUACUUAUACUUUUUGCUGUAAAAGUACGGGGAAGAGCAGAACAAUCUGACAAUGAGCACCAACAUCAGGUGGUUGCCCGAGCUGCGGCACCGCCUCUGCGGCCCCAAAUCGCCGAGGACCGGGGUGCUGGAAUGCCCCGUCGCCGUAGACGCGGCAUGCAUGCUGCCAUGGAGGCUAGACGUCCUCAGAGAGAAGCUUCAGAGGAUGAGGACAGCCCAGUAGAGGUAGAGGAGGCGGAGGAGGAGGAGGAUGUUCCUGUUCAGCAGGCCACUGGAAAAAUAGGAGCCAAGAAGCAAAGGAAACUGGAAGAGAAACAGGCGAGGAAGGCCCAGAGAGAGGCUGAGCAGGAGGAGCGCGAGGAGAGGAAACGCCUGCAGGAGCUCCGAGAGCAGGAGAGACGCAAGGAGGACGAAAAGGAGCGCAUGCUCGAACAGCAAGAGGAAGAAGAGGUUCGACGUGCCAAGGAGGAGCAAGAGAGAAAGGAGGAGGAGGAGUAUCAGCGACUGAAGGAGUCUUUCAUCAUAGAGGAGCAGGGGGAAGCUGAGGAGCUCACUGAACUAGAGUCCCAAAAUCUCCUUCAGGAAUUCAUUCAGUAUAUCAAGGACUCCAAAGUGGUGCUACUGGAGGAUCUAGCCUCACACUUUGGAAUGCGUACACAGGAUGCUAUCGCUAGGCUGCACGACUUAAUCUCAGACGGCUCUCUCACAGGAGUGAUCGAUGACAGGGGGAAGUUCAUCUCCAUCACCCCCGAGGAGCUGAACGCCGUGGCUCAUUUCAUCAAGCAGAGGGGCCGUGUCUCCAUCUCCGAGCUGGUGCAGGCCAGCAACACGCUCAUCAACCUCACGCCCGUCACCCGCAGCACGGCCUGAACAUUGCGUAACUUAAAGGACUGCUUGCGCAAAUGUGUAUGUACUGUGUGUGUGUGUAAAAAGAUCCUUGUGUGUACACACACACACACACACACACACACAUAUGUGCAAGCGCACACACACACACACACACGCACACACCACCACCAACAGCAACAGCAACAUACAAGAGAGACUCGCACAUACUUACACACACUGACUUACACACACUGAUAACCUUUUCAACAUACAGCUAUACACAAAUACACAGACAUUCUCACACAAACGCAGAUGAGAUGACAAAAGUGGUUGACCGGCUGUGAUCAUUUUGAGUGUUUCUCAUUGCUUUGAGUAACUAUUUUACAGUCGUGAAAUUAUUUAAUAAAUGUUUUUGGGAAAUAUUGUUUAAAACAAGCAAUGUCAUUCUGUAUUGUCAUUAUGCAUUUCCUACUGUAAAGAGGGCAAUAAAAGAAUUACUGUAAAGUUAAAA